AUGGCCGAACCCAUCCAUGUUGCGUCGCACAGCGAAUUCGACUCGCUCUUGGCGACUACGAGAUACGUCAUCGUCGAUUUCUACGCCGAUUGGUGCGGACCUUGCAAGGCGAUUGCGCCGCACUUCCUCAGGAUGGCCUCGACAUUUUCCAUCCCCGGUUACCUCGCCUUCGCCAAGGUGGAUGUCGACAGGGUCGCGUCCGUUGCCAUGAAGUACCAAGUCGCCGCCAUGCCCACCUUCAUGUUCUUCAAAGAAGGGAAGCAGGUCGCCGUCAACGGCAAUGUUACGAUACAAGGCGCGAACCUGCCGACCUUGACACAGGCGGUCGAGAAGAUGGGGAGGCUUGCCAAGGAGAAAGCCGCCGCGGCCGCCGCGGAAAGUGCUUAG